CAGCGAUUCCCAGAGGCGCACGAACCGCUCGUCCAGCGACUCUUGACCUGUCAUUCGCCGUCCGCACCGUGAUGGCCGCCCUGUACGACAUCAAGGAGGAGCUGGGCAAGGUGGUGGAGUGGAAGAGGGACCAGGACAAGGCGGGAGACACGCAGGACGGCCAAGGGUUGAAGGUGGAGAGACUCGUCCCCGCGAACGAUCAGCUGCUGAGGAGGAGCUCAAGGGGAAGGGGGAGUUCGAGGAAGAGCAGAAAACGGAGGAAGCCAAGGGAGAAGAGGCGCAGGAAGUAAAUUGGGCAGAAGGCGUACUCGCGUGCGAAGAGGACGUUCCCCGACCGCAAGGGAACGGCAGGACCACGACCUCGGAAAGACGGCCUCAACGAAACCUCGAAAGGAGAGCAGUUGUCGAAAGACAACGUCGACGCUCUUUGUUCGGUAUUUAUUCAAGAAAAGAAGAUGAUCAAGAAGAAAGGCAAGUGAGCCCCUUGUGUCCCCCUCCCUCCCCGGAUCUCUGUCCCCCUCUCUCGCAGUGUCCGUCUGUAUGUCUAUCUACAUCUAUUCCUCUUCUACUCUCUUGUUUUCUCUCCUCAUAUUCUGUCAGUGAAAGUUCAUACAUAAAAAAAAAUCUCACGGACGAAAAAUCUUUCCUUUUUCCAUAUUCAUGAAGCUUUCCAACAUCCUACAGGAGGAACCACCAUGAAGAUGGCGAUCCUCCAAGGCGUCCAGGUCGAGAAGAUUUUCCCUCAGAAAGGACGCUCGCUUCCGCAGGUCUACAGGGAGGAAGACAGAGAGAUCUCGUCCAUUAAACUUAUCUUUGAGAGAAAUGAGUGCACUCUCUACAAACUAGAAGGAAGAAUUUGGACCGAACUGGGAGGUUUCCACGCUGACCGCCUCACUAUCCUCAAGAACGGCUUCAAAGUGACCCUGGAGACCCAACUGACCCCGGAUAGCGUCGACGAGGGCAAGCGACCCGAAGAGAUGAGGGAGAGAACCGAGGAGGCGUCUGUGCUGGUUGUGACUCUUCCGCAGGAGCAGCAGGAGUAGCUGAACAUCCUAUCUAAGGCGACGCAUUCAUGUCCCUUUUUAAUAUCAUUUAUCUAUGAGUAGGUUUGUACACUACUGAUACAUGUACAUAUUUUAUCUAUCUAUCUAUCUAUCUAUAUGUGUGUACACACACACACACACACACACACACACACACACACACACACACACACACACCACACACACACACACACACACACCACACACACUAAUUAAACAACAAAAGUUAUACAAUGUUGAAGUAAACUGAUACUCACCACCGGCUUCAUUCUACGUAAUCUAAUGUUUUUUUCUUUCGUUUUCAUAGUUUAUCAUAUUGUCCUGAUAACGUUGUUAUUGUCAUUUUACUUCAGUGUCAGUUAUCACAUUUUUUACAGAUGUUAAAUUCGCUGAAAUCCUCUUUGGAUAACAACUUCUGAGGUUCCCAUGGAAGUCAUCAACACCCGUUUCUUAAAAAAAAAACGUGUUUAACAAUAUCAAUGUAUUUGUCACUUUGCUAGCAUAGCUUUAUAUAAAUGCACCUGUAUCUCAUUGCAUAUUAUAUAUUGUAGUACUGUAGUGGGGGCCUCGGUGGCCGAAUGGUUAGAGCAUCGGACUCAAGACUGGCACGACGGCAAUCUGAGUUCGAGGGUUCGCGUCAA